AUGAUCCACAAAAUUGGGCUCCUACCAGUAUGCAACCACCAACAAGUCCCAUUCAUGUACAAGAUGUACACGCGCCCUGACGAAUUGGGUUGGAAACAAUCAAACACGUUCAAGAGGGCUUUUUAUAUUGAUGUUGAUAUUGAGUUCAUUGGGGUUUGGGACACAGUCAACUCCGUAGGCCUAAUCCUGCGCCGCCUCCCAUUCACAACCUCAAACACCAUCGUCCGUACAUUCCGACACGCCAUCUCCCUAGACGGACACCACACAAAGUUUAAAGCGAAUUUAUGGAACCGGCCCAAUGAUGAUGAAAAGACUCUUAGUGUGAUGGAUCAGCAUGUUGGGCUGAUUAAACAAAAGGCUGGGCCGCAUCCUAGUAAAUCUAGGUUGCAUGCGCUUGAGAGGCAGUAUGGUGUCGAGAGGCUAAAGGUGACGGAUAUUGAUGAGGUUUGGUUCGCGGGAUGCCAUUGUGACGUGGGUGGCGGUUCUGUCGCAAACAGCACCAAACCCGUCCUAGUAUGCAUCCCCCUGCAGUGGAUGAUCUGCGAAACCUUCAAACACAAAACAGGAAUAAUGUACCACACCGACAGACUCAAACUCAUCGGGCUUUCCCCCUCCUCGCUCUACCCCAUCGUCUUACCAUGCCCACCAGCCCUCCCAGUCCCUUCUUCCCUCUUCCUCCUCCCCAUCCCCAAAGUACCACUAAGUGUUGUGUGA